CCAAGAAUGACUGCUGUCCCCUGGGGAAAAGCCGCCCGCCUUUGGUGAGGAGGAGGGAAGGAAAACUACAGCUCCCAGCAGCCUGCUGCGCACCCUUGGAAGAGCAGAGUUCACUGUCACGUUGACAGUGGAGGAUUAAGGGUGUGGGGGCACCGGCUGUCCUGCCACCAGCAGAGCCAAAAGGCCUGUGGGAAGGGCAAACGGAGAGGCCAGCGCUGGGCCCCCCUUGCCACCCCUCUGCUUCACUUUGCCGCCUGGACCAGCUCCAAACCGACCUGGGUUUAUGGACGUUUAGUUGCAAGUCCCAAGACCAAGACAGGAUGGUGCCUGUGGCAGGUAUAGCACUUGGUCAGCAGCUCGAACUGCAGGAAGGUACAGACAUCUCUUUAUGACCAAAGGAGAAAGUGGGACAGAACGGUGCAGAAGCCAGAGCUCCAGGAAAGAAAGAAAGAAAAUGGAAGAGAAUCCAAGCGUGGAUCUGUCAGGAGCUGGGCCAGUCCAAGACGAGGUGGAGAGCACAGCAGAGCUUCCAGUGCACCAAGAGCCCACCCAUGAAACCCCUGAGCACCAGGUGACAAGCGAGUGGCCUGAGACCUCCUGCAAACCAGAGGACAACUCUUUGGUGUGUAAAUCAGCUACUGUUGAUGGAGGAGAGACGAUGCUGUCAGAUUUAGCUGUCCUCACGGCAGAGGAGAAUGUUCCCCAGGAAACUGAAGUAUCACUGGAAGAAUCUGGGAAGACGAGAGAUGGUGUCUCAGAAAGAUCCCAGGAAGAAGAUGACUUGAUUGAACCCACGGUGGCCCACGGUAAAAUGGGCAGCAAAGGAGACAGCCCUGCCCACCAGGAAACACAGGACCCUGAGACAAGCAGGCAGUGUGAAAGCUCCUACACAGCAGAGGAAGAUGCUUCAUCAACAAGCAAGUCACCAAGCUCUGACAGUAAAACAACUCAUUUGGAUGAGGCUGCCACAGAAGAUAUCACCAAGGGCUUCUUGGAAGAGAAGGGCACCAGUGCCCCUCUCCUGGACUGGGAGCCAGAAGAGCACACAGAGCAAGAAACACAGGAGAGUGGAUCCCAAGGCACGUUAAGGAACAGACGUGGGUCUAAAGGGCGCACAGCCCCAAAGCCAGACGCUCAGUCCUGUUUGCAGAACGUCAUCACCCAAAACACAGAUCAGGAGAAGGCCAAAGGGUCCUUCUUGCUGAAAGGUGAGGAAAAGAAGCUUCCCUUGCAUGUUAUUCAUCGACCAGAAGGCACUGAUCCUCCAGGAACAAGGCUUGUCGUCAUGAGCCUCCUACUGCUCGCCUUCUGCGUAUUCUGCUUCAGCAUCCCAACUGAUUCCCAGCAAGCCCCCAAGAACCCCACAGUGGAGGCAUUCCUGUCCCAGUUCAAUCAGCUUGAGGACAGGUUUCCGGGCCAGAGUCCCCACCUGUGGCGUCGCGGGCGCAAGUUCCUUCAAAAGCACCUCAAUGCAUCCCACCACACGCAGCCAGCCAUCAUCAUCUUCACAGCUGCCCGCAAGGGUGAGCGGACCUUGCGAUGCCUUAGCACCCACGUGGCCAACACCUACUCGGCUGCCCUGCAUGCCAGCACCGUCCAGAUCGACGGCACAGAUAAAUCCAGGCUCCAGAGUGACCAGGCUAAGCUGGAGGUGGACUCAGACCUGAGCGAAGCUUUCCAGGCUGGGGGCCGUGCUGCGGUGAUACACCGCUUCGAGCUGCUGCCGGCAGGGGCCACCCUCAUCUUCUACAAGUACUGUGACCACGAAAGGGCUGCUUUCAAGGACGUGGCCCUGCUGCUGACCGUGCUGCUAGAGGAGGAGAUGCUGGAGACACACAUCACCCUCCAGCAGGUGGAAGAGAGGGUCCGUGACUUCCUCUGGGCCAAGUUCACCAGGACCCCCAGCUCCUAUGACCGCAUGGACUCUGACAAGCUGAGCGGGCUGUGGAGCCGCAUCUCCCACCUGGUCCUACCGAUCCACCCGGUGCAGAGCAUCGAGAAGGGGGGCUGCCGUGUCCACACCAAACCCUAGGGGCAAAGGCUGCCAGAGCCCCAGGAAGGCUUGGAAAGACAGUCCUGGCUGACUCCGGUGCGGGCGGAGGCACAACCAGUGCUAUUUCUCUCCAAUUUGUUUCUCCUGCCUUCCUGGGAAGAGUUUGACAGGUACAAGCUGAUCCAAGGCCAUUUGGCCAGCUGAGCCCUGGAGGUAAUAGAUGACACGCUUCCUUCUGGCAGAGGGGAAGAGUGGGUAUUUUAGAUGGCUAAUUGCAUGGGAGAACAUCUCUGUGUGGGGAGGCAGAAGGGAAAACAGGACAUUGCAGGUAGCAUUUCUAUCAGGAGAUACAGAAAUGUUCAGAACUAGUAUGCCAGAAAGAUACUUCAGUUCUGUAGCUCUUUCAUUUCUCCCUACCCCUCAGUUUGCUGAUGUCAUAUACAUCAGUCUCCUAACUUGCUUUAUCUAGAAGAUUUCUCUCUCUUUGCAGAGAGCCACUGGAACACAGCAAGGUCAAAUUCCCCAAAGCCCAACAUCCUGAAAGCAAGCUUCAAAAAGAAAACCAGUUUGCUAGGCAAGGGUUUGACCGGUCAGUCCUGAUAGGAGUCCCACUUACACAGACUGACUGACACCCCCCCAAAGACCAGAUCCUAGAUAUAGGGUGUUCAAAUACACCUGCAAUUCAGAAAUCCCCUAAACAAUUACAAGAAAUUUCAGGUUGUCAGCACAUAAACAUGUCUCUGAAGUGGGGGGAUCCCACAUGCCAGAGAAUAAACUCCAAAACCAGAAAGCAAAGAGACAGAAACCACCUUGCUCUGAUAGUGUGAAGCCUCAAGGGAGGUAAAAGAAUAAUAGUUUAACUUAAUGCUACUUCUGUAAAAAAAAAAAAAAAAAAGUCAGCUCUUGAUCCCUUUGCCACCAGCACAAGGCUAUGCCUGUCUCUCCAGGCUGAUGUGUCAGCUUUGGUCCUACCUGACAGACUGCUCUUCACCCAGAUCUCUGGUCGGUGUGUAGGGCAAGAAGCCGUCUGCCUGCCUCUCCCCAGCUAACUUUAAUUGAUGAAUGUAGAUGUUAAUAGUGAUAUUUAUUUCAAACCGCAUAGGGUUGCACACCAGGUCCCUGCCCUGCCAGGUAGCUGGUGCUCUGGCGUAUGCUGAAGAGCAGAGCUGGGAUUAGCUGGUGAAGACAAAAUCUCUGGCGUUAACACUAAAAAUCUUCAACAAAGCACGUUGGUUUCUUACCAUGCCUUCUGUUCUGCACCCCAGGAAGAGAAAUCUGGGUCCUGGAAAUACUGUGGUGCCCCUGCACACUGCAUUUCUGCAGAUGCUUUGGGGCAGAGCAGCCAUCUCAGGGAACACCUAGGGGAUGGGUGUGGGUUACAGCAUUUAUAACAUCCUGUCAGCCCCGGGUGUCAGUCCUGUGUGCCUAUGGUGCUGCCUGCCAGAGAGGGAGCAGCUGUAGCGGAACAUGGCUUAUUUAUAUAAGCAGCACAGACUGGGGCCUUGCAGAGCCAGGCUCUCUAUCCAAAGAAGACACGAAUCGAGAACACUACAGUAUUUUUACAAGCAGCACAUCUGAGUGCUUCUUACAGAAAUCGGACCUCGGUGUUGGCCGGGUCUCCUGCCAGCGGUGCCUUCCUGACCUGCCCCACUGAUGUCUCAGCUGAGGCCCAGCCUUGCACCCCAAAACCACAACCUGCCUCUUCUUUCCUCCUGCUGUGUGCCUUGACCUGUCUCAGGAGAUUUGUGGCCAUUAACUUGGAGGAGGGCACAAAAUGAAGGAAGAGGAGGGGGUAAUUUGUUCAUGUUCUAAUCAAAGAACAGACUUUUUUGGUUGGCUGGGGACAUGAAGACAAGACCACAGCGGUUUUAACUGUGUCAGACACUGGGCUAGAUGUGAGAAUUACCUGCUGGAGUCCAGCAUUGGCAAUGGCAGCCCAGGGCAUGGUUUUACACAAGAUAUGGGUUGUUCCUCCCCUCCCUCCUUUUUAUUGCUAUACACUACUUUGGUAACAGAAAAUACUGCUUCUGCCCUGCACAGUCCAGAAUGGGCGCUGGUGUAAGAACCAGCAGAGCCUUAACCAUGUUAUGCCAGUAUCUUGAGGGAAUUCUGUAUUUUAACUUCAUCUUGCUCUCAGUUUUAUGUACUGUGUUUGUAACGCAUAGCCAAGGCUGCAAGGGCAACUUCACGCUGCUUGGGCACGUCGCUGUAAGCAUCAUUCACCCAAGCUGUUCUAAUACAGAAAUGUUUUUAUGACCUUUUAAAGACAAAAUAUCUGCUUGCUUCUGAAACAAGACUUCUAUUUAAAAAUAAAUAAAACCCAGCAGUCUUUGAAGUGA